AUGAUCACCGCAGGCUGGUCGAUCAUCUACAUUGCAACUUCCGUGCAAAUGCUAUGCUAUGCUCGGAUUCUUCACGGUAUAGGCAUUGGUAUUGCCCGCACGAUAAAUCCCAUGUACGUGUCAGAAGUCGCUGAUAUCAAUAUCAGAGGAAUGCUAGGUACUCUAAUCACAGUGGCCGCAUGUACCGGGACAUUGAUAGCCUACGGCCUAGAAUACUGGAUGAAGUAUGACUCACUCCUGGUGGUUUUUAUAAUAUUAUCCUCCAUAUCCUUCUUGUUGAACAUGUGUUUCCCCGAAACUCCGUAUUUCUUGGUGGCAAAAGGUCGAAAGAAAGAAGCAUGCAAGUCGUUAACAUAUUACAAAGGCAUCAUAGAUCCUAACAAAGCGAGAACCGAAAUACGUGCACUACGCGCACAAACCAUAUACGAAUUACACCCACAAUCGAGAUACAAAUUAGACCUACAAUCUAAUGUGGAUUCACGCGCAUCGGACGAUAUGGAUGAGAUACACAUGGAUGGAAGUAAAAGAUCCGCGUUUACCAAGGUGCAAGUAAUAAUAUAUCGAAGCAACAAGAAAGCUCUGUUUAUUAUGUUUGGUUUGAUCAUGGCACAACAAUGUGGCAAAAACUUCAUCACUAUGCAGUAUCCGGAGAGGUUGUAUAGAAAAAUAGACAUCGUUGGCGAUUCAUACACAGCGACUCUUUUGGUCCAGGUUGUCAGCAUUCUAUCUAGCAUUUUUACCAUGUUUAAAGUGGAUUCUGUUGGAAGAAGAACACUUUUGAUUCUGUCUACACUUGGAACGAGUGUGACAUUGUGUACUUUCGCAUAUUAUCUUUUGUUAGCUGAACAUAAGUUACAGGGCCACAUGUUCGAUGUUCUUCUCCCUAUCGUCAUAAUUGUAUAUCAAGUAACGUUUCAAAUUGGUUUAGGUACAAUACCCACUGUUUUUCUAUGUGAGUUAUUUCCUAUGGAACUAAGAGGCUAUGUUGGUGCCACCACUCUAAUUUUCGAUAGCGCAAUUGAGUUGACCGUGUCGAUACUGUAUCAAUUCCUUACCGAUAUUAUAGGAGCGGUUUACUUUAUUUUCGCGACAGUAUGCAUUUUGGCAUUUCUGAUGGUGUUCAUAGCGAUACCAGAAACAAAAGGAAAAACAUAUAACGAGAUUGAAUCGCUUCUAGUUGGUAAAAAUUAGCAUUCUUCGA